AUGAACAACGUCAACAGGUAUCAUCGAUUAAAAACGGUCCUGCGAACAGUGCAAGAACGUCUUAACAUUAACCCGACGCUGCAUCUACAUGUAGGCAUUUUUAAACUUUCCAGCACCCAACGAGCUUGCGACGACUUGGUAUCGGCUGGUUUCAUAACCGACUCGGGCAACAGCUCCCCCGGCUCGCUCCGGCGCUCGGCGCUGGUGCACGGCGCGCUGGCGGGCGCCGCCGCCGGGUACGCCGCGCUCGAGGCGCGCCGCCUGCGCGCGCUGCUGGCCGGCCUGCUGCACGCCUACUACGGCGACAAGGGGCACGUGAAGCGCCAGAUACAGGGCACGGGGUUCCAAGAACUUCGUCGCGAUUUGCAAGCCGUGAUCGGGACCCGAGCGAACAUCAACAUCGCUCAGAUCGAGAACUACGGCGGCGAGACGUUCCUGAGCGAGUCGCUCGUCAGCAGGAUGCUGGGCGAGGCGAAGACAUCCUUCACUAGGUGCAAGACUCUAUGCACUCCCAAUGAGCUGCCUGGCACCACAACGGCUCUCUUAGACGUCCUUAUACAACACUUAUUGGUCGAGCACGUUGACUACGCGCUAGACCUCGGCCUGCAGUCCAUACCCAUCGCUGAGAGCAAGUCACCACCACAGAUUUACUUCUUUGACACGGUGAAGGAAUGUAACAAAAUAGUAAAAAUGUUUGAAGAACAUUUUCAAGAAUCCGUGCUUCCUUGUAUGAGUUCCACGGCCAAACAAACCGAAUGUGUGAACAAGAAGACCACUAUAAUGGAACAGUUAGAAGCCAAACUGGACGCUGGGCUCGAGCGAGCUAUAUCGGCUAUCGUUGGCUGGGUGAAGCUACAUCUUCAGACCGAACAGAAGAAAUCGGACUUCAAGCCCGAGGGGGACGUCGAUACCCUGGCGUCGCCUGCGUGUCAAUCCGUGGUGUCCUACCUAAAUAACGUAAUGGAGAAGAUCCACUCCGGGCUGGAGGGCGAAAAUCUGCAAGCCGUGACCUUGGAGCUGGCUAUCCGUCUACACCGGGUCAUAUACGAGCAUCUGCAAAACUUCCAGUUCAAUUUCUCAGGAGCUAUGGUGGCGAUCUGCGACGUGAAGGAAUAUCGGUCCGCAGCGUGCGGUCGAGGCGCGCGCGCCGCGCCGGCGCCCGCGCACGCGCUGUUCGACGCGCUGCACGCGCUCUGCAACCUGCUGCUCGCCAAGCCCGAGAACCUGCACCAGGUGUGCGAGGGGGAGACACUAGCGGAGUUGGAUCACUCGAUCCUGCUGAACUUCAUCCAGCUACGGUCAGACUACAAGAGCCACAAGCUCUCGAGCUUCCUCAAGGGCCUCUCCUAACUUAGCUUACGCUAGUGGGGUAAGAUCGGAAACAUUCUUUGUUGAAACUUUUAGCCUUGUGUGAUGAUGAUGAUUGAUGAAUGAUGGUCCACACUUAGUAUUAUCGGGUUCUUUAGUAUUUUUACAUUAAUUUUAAUUGUGCGUACAUGUAAUGUAAGUCAUAUUUUUGUACCUAAUACUGCAGACGUGUUCACAAAAUUGUAUUUCAGUUUGAAUAAGUAUCUUGGCACAUGUAAAAUCGACACAGUUGUACAGAGUCCAAUAUAUCAAAUUGGUCAUUUUAUUGCAAACGCUUACAUGUUAAAGUCAAAAGUGGUUAAACAAGAUUACUACACUAAGUUAAGAAGUAUCAGAUAAAAUUAUAUUAAGUAACCUUAUACCCUAUUUCUGGAGAUAAGUAAAUAAUAACAUCUGUUAAGUGGUGUUUGAGAUUUAACUUAAAUCUUUAUUCUAAGUAGCCCCUUGAUAUUGUCGUAUAUGGCGCUACUGGAAACGAUUAUAUGCAUAGAAAUAAGAGCGCACUGCCAUUUUUUGAGUUCUCAGAGACUUUUUGAGGAAAAAGCAACUGGUAUUUUUUUACCAUGCUACUGGUAUACAAACUACGAGCUUACGAUUCGCUUGAUUGUAUAAGCAGUUACCGUUGCUCAUGAACGGAGGAAACCCUAGUACUAUUGUGUACGGUGGAUAGAUGGUGUUGGCGUCGCUAGUUUAUUUCUACACCGGAAAAUUUUACCCACAUCUACUUUUUAUCUGCUGGUUAUCAGUCUAUAGUAUAUUAUUUGUCUCUGCGACAGGUAUCAUUGCAAGUUAAUUGGGUGCAAUGACCGCAUUUUUAUAUGUUUGCUACUUUUAUUUUACAUCAAAUAAAAAAUUGUCCACCGGUCUUAACCCGUCGAAAGAUAAUAUAUGUUACUCAUAUUAUUUACAUAAUUGUUAUAACUUGUUUAUAAGUAGAUAAGAGUAUUAAAUUAUUAUUCUCUAGCAAUCGAGCUUUUAUUGAUACCUUUACCUAACUUUAUUAAUCAGUAUGUAAUUAGUUAGGUACAAUAAUUAAGCCCCUCACUGACGGAUCGAUAACAUACCAAAAGCUAUCUUAAAAUAACAAGCUAGGUAUCUUACGAUAUCUUACCUUGCGAUAUUAGCUCGGUAUAUUGCGAUAUAUUUUGUUAUGUUUCGUCGUAUUUUCGGUGGUAUUUUGGUAUCGUUGGCGUGUGUAGUGCUAUACUAUAUCUGUCGGUAUCUUACGAUAUAUUAAUGUAUAUUAACGCUCCGACUGUAACGGGCUUUAGACAGUAAGUGGUAAGAUGAUAGAUAACUAUUAUUUUUGUUACUAUUAUAAAGGGCAGUCUGUUAAAUAGCUUAUAUAAGUUUUUCGCGCUGUGAAAACAUAUCUGAAUGCUACGCCAUAUUUUCAUAUUUAAUUUAUGUGGAAAUGUGACCGUGGCCGGCCAAACGUCCCAGUUUAUCGCUUGCCAUAAGGGCGCCUUAACAGGUUAUUUGUAUAAACAUACAAGCAAAUCUCGUCCUUAUGGCAAGCGACAAAGUGGGACGUUUGCCGGCCGCGCUCACAAAUUCAUUUUUAAAUUAUUAGUACAUUACUGCAGAGGCCGGGACAAAAGUGGUUGCCGGCCGAAGAUAUAUAGACGGAUAGGUCUGAGGCGGGCAACCCCAUAUUUCCCGCCGAGGUAUGUAUAGUGCUUUUCUCAAACAUGCAAUGAAAUAAACAACAAAAAAUCAAAGUUUAAUUUUUAAAUAAAUUAUUAGUAAACAAGACAAAACUAGAACUAACGUGUGUAUAUUACUAUUUCGCUAUAUUUUAACUCGGUUUUAAUAGAAAACAGAUAUUUCAUACAUUUAUAUUUAUUAUCAUGUUAAUUCAAAAAAAUCAAAAAAGUACGAAAGCACGUUUCUGAACGAACCUUUAGAAUUUCAAUUUGUUACAACCAAAAUUAAAAUAUAACCUCUUCUCAAUCUCAAUAAUCAAUCAGAACUCAAUAGCAAUAGGUACUUGUGGCUAGAUAUGUAAAUAAACUAAACUUAUAUAAUAAGCGUUGUAGUCUAAACUGUCGAGUUACAGUUUAAAAUACUAAAACAAUGCAUUUCGGAUUAAAAGAUGCUUAGUAAACAAAAUAUUAAGCAUGGAGUACUAGUAGACUUUUUAGUUUCUGCCAGUUCUUUAAAAUAUGCCAAAAACACGUGUUCUGGGGAACUGCGGGCAUUUUUUUUGGUUUUACAAUUUAUAAAAUUGUCAUAAGUUACCAUAUAUUUCGCCUUUGAUUUUGCCUGCAGCAAGUUCUGUAUAGCCAAUUCUGCUUCGGCUCUUAAUUCAGGUGGGGUGCAAUCAAUAAUCAUUUCUUCGUUGGUAGUUUCGUCCGAACUCAUAUUGAAUUAUUUAUAACAAAACAAGAUUACAAACAACAAAAUUAAAUCCGAUAAAACAGAAUUACAGCGAAAAAUUAUCAAGUUUCCCGCCAACCUUUUUUUUCUCUACGGUUAGAGACACGUUUGAGUAGAUAUUUUUACCGCUACCUAAUAUUUAGAUGAAUAUUAUAAUAUUUCAAUGUGUAUAUGUAUAGUUAAGAAAAAAAUUGAUAAUAAUGUGUUAUUUGUUAUGUUCAUGUGAAUUUAUUAUGUAAAUAAAACUGUACUAAGUACA